CGGACCAGGGACCCGGGGCUGGCGCCCUAGGAGGCGGCGGCGGGAGGAUCGCGCCCCGGCUGGAGGCCGGGCCUGCUGCGCGCCCCCAGCCCGAUCAGCACCGCCACUUGCCUGAGCGCCCGGGCAGCCCGAGCGCGGCCCGAGCUCGGGCGCCGCCGCCUCCACCUCCGCGAGGUCCCCCAGAGUCUUUGAGGACACAGCGUUGCUGGUAGCUGUUUCUGGUGCCUGGGACAGGGUGGCCCUCGAGCAGAUGACGAAGACUGGCUUUUAAUCCUUGGAGACCAUUGAGAGGGAACUUACAGGGGCCCACGAGCCCCCCUGGACGCCCGCCGCCAUGUCGGGGUCCACGCAGCCCGUGGCACAGACGUGGAGGGCCACCGAGCCCCGUUACCCGCCCCACGGCGUUUCCUACCCCGUGCAGAUCGCCCGGCCACACACGGACGUCGGGCUGCUUGAGUACCAGCACCAUCCCCGUGACUACACCUCACACCUGUCGCCUGGCUCCAUCAUCCAGCCCCAGCGGAGGAGGCCCUCCCUGCUGUCCGAAUUUCAGCCCGGGAACGAAAGGUCCCAGGAGCUUCACCUGCGACCGGAGUCGCACUCAUACCUGCCUGAGCUGGGCAAGUCGGAGAUGGAAUUCCUGGAGAGCAAGCGCCCUCGCCUGGAGCUGCUGCCUGACCCCCUGCUGCGGCCCUCGCCCCUGUUGGCCACUGGCCAGCCCGGGGGCUCCGAGGACCUGUCCAAGGACCGCAGCCUGACAGGCAAGCUGGAGCCGGUGUCUCCUCCCAGCCCCCCACAUGCUGACCCUGAGGUGGAGCUGGUACCUCCACGGCUCUCCAAGGAGGAGCUGAUCCAGAAUAUGGAUCGGGUGGACCGCGAGAUCACCAUGGUAGAGCAGCAGAUCUCCAAGCUGAAGAAGAAGCAGGUGCGGGUGGGUGGGGGAAUGGCGGCUCUCAGCUCCCGAUUCAGCAGCAGCUGCCGCUGAGAAGAUAACAACACUAGUAGUUAUAGCAGUUGUGAACGUGUGCUGAGCACUGCCCAUGUACGGGCUCAUUUUUAUGCCCUUUACGUUUAUUGGACAAGAGAGCUGUUUUGUGUGGUGCUGUCCGAGGGAGCUUUCUGCAAUGACGGAAAUGUUCUAGAUCUGCACUGUCCACAACGGUAGCCACUACCCAUAUGUGACUGUGGAGCCCUUGAAAUGUGCCUAGUGCAGCUGAGGAACUGAAUUUUUAAUGUAGUUUAAUUUGAAUUGAAAUGAAAUUUACACUUGAAUAGCUGCGUGUGGCUACUGUACUGGGACGGCACAGGAACGAUGGGUGGGAGGUCAGCAUUUACAGCCAGGCUGUCCAGACAUGUGGGGUGGGCAGUUAAUUCUCUGUGCCUCACUCUCCUCAUCCAUAACGUGGGGGGAAAUAUCACGUGACUCUGACCCUGGCUCUGGAAUCUGUGUGAGCUGGGCCUCCUAACUCCGCCUUGGAACGUUCAUCUCUCUGAGCCUCGGUUUCUUGUCUGUAAGAUGGGCACAGAUGUGAUGCCACCUCAUAAGGUUGUGAGGAGGGAACAGGGUCAUGUGGUGGAAAGAAGUCCUCAUUGUCACUGUCGAAACCAAAGAGAAGUUAACAUAAAGAUUAAUAAUAUUAA